CUCUCUAAACAAACUUCCAGUAAGAAGCCAAUAGAGAUUAUACAACAGGAUUGCUUAAGAUGUCGACGCCAUGCGCUGCAUGCAAGUACCUAAGGAGAAAAUGCACACAAGCCUGCGUGUUUGCGCCUUACUUCCCACCUAACAAACAGGAAGAUUACGCAGCGAUCCACAAGGUAUUCGGAGCAAGCCAAGUGACUAAAAUUCUCAACGACCUUCACCCAAGCCAGAGACAAGACGCCGUGACCUCUCUCGUUUAUGAGGCACAAACUCUUCUCCUUGACCCGGUCCAUGGCUGUUCUCCUCACGUUUACAACCUCCAGCGUCAGCUCAAAGACCUUCAGGACCAGCUUCACAUCGCCAGGAACGAGCUCGCCUCUUACAAUAAUAUCGUCCCACCGCUAGACCUACCUCCUCCGAUUACGUAUCAGCAAAACCAUCACAACCCUAUGUUGAUGCCUGUUGUGUCUAAUUAUGAUGGUCCGUUAACUCAACAGUUACAUGAAGAGGCUCAUCGGGUUGAAUCUGAAAGAAGCGCUCAAGUGCAGCAAAUGCAGCCAAAUGCAGCACCCUCAAAGAGGGAUGACUGUCCAUGACAAAAGAUACCAUCAAAGAUAUCAUGUAAAUAGUUUUGAUGGUAAUGUCGGACGCUUCAUAUUAAAAAUUUAUGGUUUUUGUUUCAUUUGUUAAAGAAAAAACUUCAUGGUUUAGGACAAGU